GGACGUCACGGCCAAGCCCCCCACCCUCCCUCUGCCCGCGGCAUCCGCUGUCCUGCCCGCUCCCGCUCUUCUCGCUUGGCGUUGGACGGCAGCAGCUGCCGCCUCGGACCAGCCCGCAGCCCCUCUGCAUCCCCUUCCCCGAGAGGUCCGCAGCGCGAAGAUGGCGGCGUGCAAAUUCCUCCUGCCGACAUUCAGCCGUCGCAUCCUCCUUCCCGCUGCGCGGGUGCGGGGCGCCGCGAUUUGUGGAUGCUAUUUUUCUACCAGCUCUCAUCACAACACCAAAUUUUAUACUGAUCCUGUUGAAGCUGUGAAAGAUAUACCUAAUGGGGCAACUAUACUUGUUGGGGGGUUUGGAUUGUGUGGGAUCCCUGAAAACCUCAUUGGGGGUUUACUGAAGACUGGAGUAAAGGGAAUAACAGCAGUCAGUAAUAAUGCAGGUGUUGACAAUUUUGGACUCGGUCUUCUGCUUCAGACUAAGCAGAUAAAACGCAUGGUCUCAUCGUAUGUGGGAGAGAACGCUGAAUUUGAGCGCCAGUAUUUAUCUGGUGAGCUUGAAGUUGAGCUUACACCUCAGGGCACACUUGCUGAACGCAUUAGAGCAGGAGGAGCAGGAAUCCCAGCAUUUUACACUAGCACUGGCUACGGGACACUGGUGCAGGAAGGGGGUGCACCUAUCAAAUACAAUACAGAUGGCACUAUUGCUAUUGCCAGCCAACCAAGAGAGGUGCGAGAGUUUGAUGGCCGUCACUUUAUUCUGGAGAAGUCAAUUACAGGAGAUUUUGCUCUUGUGAAAGCAUGGAAGGCUGAUCGUGCAGGAAACAUCAUUUUCAGAAAAACUGCACGAAACUUCAACCAACCUAUGUGCAAGGCUGCCAAGACAACUGUGGUUGAGGUGGAAGAAAUCGUUGAUGUAGGAGCAUUUGCCCCAGAAGACAUUCAUGUUCCCAAAAUCUAUGUUGAUCGCCUGAUAAAAGGAGAGAAGUUUGAGAAGAGAAUUGAACGCUUAUCAAUCCGAAAGCCUGAAGAUUCAAAAGCCAGACAAAAACAAGGAGACAAUCUGAGGGAAAGGAUCAUCAGACGGGCUGCUUUAGAGUUUGAGGAUGGUAUGUAUGCUAAUCUAGGUAUUGGAAUCCCACUGUUGGCUAGUAACUUCAUCAGUCCAGACAUAACUGUUCACUUACAGAGUGAAAAUGGAGUCCUGGGUUUGGGUCCUUAUCCACUUGAAAGUGAAGUAGAUCCAGACCUGAUUAAUGCAGGUAAGGAGACAGUCACUGUUCUUCCAGGUUCUUCCUAUUUCUCUAGCGAUGAAUCAUUUGCAAUGAUAAGAGGAGGCCAUGUUGAUUUGACAAUGCUUGGAGCCAUGCAGGUGUCUAAGUAUGGUGACCUGGCCAACUGGAUGAUUCCUGGUAAGAUGGUGAAAGGAAUGGGGGGUGCCAUGGACCUGGUAUCUAGUGCACAGACUAAAGUGGUUGUCACCAUGGAGCACUCAGCCAAGGGCAAUGUCCAUAAAAUCUUGGAAAAGUGCAGUUUACCACUUACUGGGAAACAAUGUGUCAACCGCAUCAUUACAGAGAAGGCUGUGUUUGAUGUGGACAAGAAGAAGGGAUUGACCCUUGUGGAAAUCUGGGAAGGGCUGACAGUGGAUGAUAUCAAGAAAAGUACUGGCUGUGACUUCACGGUUUCUCCAAAACUAAUACCAAUGAGGCAGAUUUAAACAUGAAAUGCAGACUGGGCUCAACUUGCCAGAAGGCUUGUUUCCAAAUGGGAGCUCAGUGAAAAGAAAUCAAUGAUUGUUUCUCAAUUAAUUUUUUGUUGUUGUUGUUUGGUUUUUGAUUUUUCUUGAAAGGCUUUUGUAAGUAGUUUCCAGAUAGUUAAACUCAACCUAUAAGCUUGAAUUGUAUUUUAUUUGCAUAACAUUACCGAUUUUAAUGGAAGGCUGAAUUUAUUCUCUAAAUUUUGAAUAGUGUUGUACUAAAAUGUAAAUGAACAGUGUUUUAUAAAAAUGCCUUGUAGUUUCUCUGCUAAAUACUACAAUUUUUGCACAGUUUCAGAAAAUGACCAUGCAAAACUUAUGAUUGCCUCUGCUUUUUCUGUUGUCAUUAAACUUACAAAUUAUUCCAUUGAUUUGUAACUACAGCACUUACCAUAUCCAUUCUCCUGUAAAGGUAUGGGGAUUUUUUCAUACAGCAAAUGUACAUAGCUUUAAAGACAUCAGGAGUAUGGACUUCCCUUUUUUCUGAACCCUUUAGGGAGACUGAUGAAACUAAACAGUGGAAAUAACUGGGUCCUUAGGCCUGAAUGUAUCUGCUGUUUCCAUGGUGUAUGUGUCCUGGCAGUAACAAGGCUACACUCCCAAAGUUCAACUCUGACCCCUUCUAUAACAGGGAUCUUACUUUCCCUGUUACUAAUUACAAAGUGACGGCUGGUUUUGGGAAUAGGUGAUAUGACAGACUAGAUCUCACAUCCCAGAUCUUCACAGGAUAUCUUAGUUAUGCCAAGCAUGAACUGACUGGAAAUCUACAUUAACUAAAUAACAGUGUUCUCUCAAAGUAUGGUGGUUUUUGUUAUUCAAAUAAGUAUGAACACUUAAAGUUCUUCAAUUACAAAAAUUUGGGAUGUAAUGUUUGACAUCAGGACUGAAGCAAAUUAAGUGACUGAAAGUAUGCAAAAUACAGAUGCCUAAAUAAAUAUAUGUAGGUGACUAUCAU